AUGGAAAGAAUCCUGCGACAAUUAGAAGCGAUAGGUGAGAAUUUGGAACAUUCGUGUCUUAAAAUAAUUAUUGAAAGCGGGUUACCAUCAUGGGUCCUAGAUAAGGUAAGUCAAACAAAGAAAAUUCUUGGUAUUACUUGGAAUCCAAGAAACGAUUCCAUUGAAAUUUUAUCAAGGCCAUGGAAUAAUCAAACUCCAACUAAAAGGACAAUCUUACAAUUCACUGCCUCACAACAUGAUCCUUUAGGCUUUCUAAUUCCAUCAGUGUUAAUAUUCAAAUCAUUCUUACAAAAUCUUUCGAAAAAGAAAUUAUCACGGGAUCAACCGGUAAAAAACGAAGAUUUAACAACAUGGCAUGAACUUACUAAUCAAUGGCCAACAAAGGUUAAGGAAAUACCACGCACAAUAAUUGAUUCAGAUUGUUUACAACAACUAAAAAUACGCGUAUUCACGGACGUCUCUCCAAUCGCGUACGCUGCUGCAAUCUACGCCAAACAAGGUACGAAAACAUCCUUGAUUUUUAUGAAAUCACGAAUAGCUCCUAUGGAAGAUAUGACUAUACCCAAAUUGGUAUUAUUAGCAAUUUUGAUUGGAGUGCGAGCACUUCAAUUUGUUAUUAAGCAAUUAGAACUUGAAACUACAAAAGUAACACUAUGGUCAGAUUCUCGAUGUGCGUUACAUUGGAUAAAAAAUCAAACACGCUCUUACCCGCAUUCAUCCAAAACCGAGUUGAAGAAAUAA